AUGCAUGUCGUGUCCACGGUGUACCCAGAAGGCUCCAGAAGCAAGAGUUUCAAGACAUUGAAUUGGCGUAAGCUGCGCAAUCGCAUGGAUGAUAGCUACCAUGCAGUCAUUCUGCCACUAGCCCAAGACCCAUGGUUACUCGACACAUAUCUCAAUUCAUCGGGGCAUAUACGUCUUGGGACCAUUUUCAUGGAUCUCGAUGCGCUUUCUGGUGUCAUUGCAUACAAGCACACAGGCGAGGAUGUCACGACUGUUACGGCAAGCUGUGAUCGAAUCACCAUCCACUCCCCUCUAACUGAAAUAUGCGACCUGGAGCUCUCUGGCCGCGUUACCUACGCGUCGGGCAGGAGUAGCCUGGAAAUUACCAUGCAGGUUGCCAAGGCGCCCAAAAAGGGCGAGAAGCGCAAGGACAAGGACAUCCUUAUCAAUUGCACAUUUACAAUGGUUUCGCUGGAUCCCGUUACGAAGAAGCCGGUAAAUGUCAACCCGCUGGAGAUUGUAACGGAUGAUGAGAGAAGCAUCUAUGCGCUGGGCGAACGCAAUUCACAAGUGCGAAAAGAACGCCGCGAAACUUCGCUUCUUAAGCAUACACCGAACGAUCUCGAGAGCGAUCUCAUCCACGCCUUUUGGCAGAAACAGUUGCAAUACCAUGACCCAUAUAACGAGCUUCGCAGACCCGACAACGUGAUACCCAUGGAUGCGACGCGUCUUCAAACUGCAACCAUCAUGCAGCCCCAAUACCGCAACAGACACCACUUUAUGAUUUUCGGUGGUUUCCUGCUCAAGCAAACGUUUGAGCUCGCCUUUACGACGGCGGCGGCCUUUGCCCACGCCCGCCCGACGUUUGUGUCACUCGACCCAUCGACGUUCCAGAACCCUGUGCCUGUAGGCAGCAUACUGUACCUGACGGCAACGGUAGUGUACACGGACCCGCCGCUGAUUGGAGCUCCAGGCGAGGAAUUCGACGACCAUUCCGAAUACACAAGGGUGCAAAUCAGGGUUGACUCCAAGGUGCGGGAUGUGGAGCACGGGCGGUCCAAGCCAACAGGGCAGUUCAACUACACGUUCACGGUGCCCAAGAACAUCCGGGUCAUGCCCAGCACAUACCAGGAGUUUAUGAUGUACAUUGAUGCGAGGAGGCGAGCAGAGCAGGUCCGGCAGACGCUAGACCAAGGGUACACGGCGAGCCCCAAGACGGCCGAGGACAGUCUUACGGAAUAA